CACGUCACUUUUGCUCCGAAUCCACCCGAUGAACACCACAAGUGUCGAUCUUCCCAACGCUUACCCCCAUUUGUCUUUGCUUGCCUGCCAUGGUGGUUUUGCUUCACAGAAACGGCUUCCAGAACCAUCUUUGUUGUCUCCUUCGUAACGACGACAGGGGGAAGAAGCUUGUAGUGCGGUCACUUCCAUGCUCCUGUGGUCGACCAUAUUUUAUCUCAUACAAAGGUAAGAAAAUUUCAUGCUGUGACAUUGCACAAGAAGACCUAUAAAAGGAGCCUUCCUGUUUUGGGUGGUUCUGCUCCUCCACCAAAGAUGCUUGGGGUCUUCAGCGGCGCAGUGGUGAGCCCACCGGAGGAGCUCAUCCGAGCCGGCCACCGCACCCCGACGGCGAAGAAGACCGCAGACAAGCUCCUCGAUGCCUUCCUCAAGAACAACCCAUCCUCCGUUGCCAUCAACAUCGGCAGCGCUGCACGUAUCUCCUACAACCAUCAAAACCAGUCCCUGCUACAACCAAGGUCGUUCGCUGUGAGCGACGAGAUAUUUUGCUUGUUCAAGGGGACGCUGGAGAACCUGCCGAGCCUGAAACACCAGUACGGUCUGGGGAAGAAUGCAAGCGAGGUGGUGCUGGUGAUGGAGGCGUAUCGGGCACUGCGAGACCGCGCUCCUUAUCCCACAAACCUCAUGCUCGCUCACCUCGUAGGCAAUUUCGCCUUCAUCGUCUUCGACAACGUCACCUCGACGGUGUUCGCGGCAUCGGACGGAGAUGGUAAGGUGCCCUUGUUCAUGGGGAUAACCGCCGAUGGCUAUCUAGCUUUCUCCGAUGACGCCGAGGAACUAAGAAGUGCAUGCGGGAAAUCAUUGGCAUCAUUUCCGCCAGGGUGUUUCCUGUCGACGUCCACUGGACUCAGGAGCUAUGAGCAUCCGAAGAACAAGGUCACUGCUUUGCCGGCGAUGGAGGAGGAGAUUUGGGGCACAACCUUCAAGGUUGAGAGACCAUAUCUACGAGCGAGAGAGAGGAGUGACACAUGACCAUGGGAAGGGCCUCAAUGUCUCAAUGGCCAACAGAUACAUCCUCCAAACGCCAGUAAUAAAUAUGGCUACUAAGAAUUAUGUAGUGUACCUAAGAAUAAUAUAAUACCGUAAAAGAUCGAUGCGUUUAGAAGAGCAGAAGCAGCUUUGACUCGACUGACGCUUCACUGUCAAAGUAGCAUUGGCACGUGAAAGUUCACUGUAUCAGCUCCCCUGUUUGACAGAGACGGAGAGCUCGACGACCAUCCAUAUACAAGGAGCACCAAAAAGAUCUCAGCAGCAGGGCAGCAUUAAAGAACUCCACCACCAACCUUGGCUUGGAGACAAAGUCCGAGCUCACAAUGUGGGGAACAGAGAGCAUAACAUGCGGUACAACACCAGCCAUGCUUUUUUUCCCCCUCGGGCAUCAUCAACACAAGCAUCCACCAAGAAUGGAAGA